AAUGCGAUCAUCCGCGAUAAGCAAUGUGAUUGUACUGUUUGGACUGCGUUUGUUGUGUUGGUGUUGGAACACGGUGGAUGCCAGCGGCGGAGCCCUCGAUACAAGCUCGAACUUCCAGUCUGGCUCAAGUGGAAGUUCACAUUCCAAAGUCACAGCAUUCUCUGCGACACUUACCGAUGGACUGGCGCAAGCUGUGGCUCAGGAAGCUGGUUCCGAUACUUGUAACGAUGACCUAGCUUGUCUUACACUGGCUUCUCAUGAUCGACUAGGUUUAGAAGCUAUCAAAUCACUUCACCGUCAACUAGAUGAUGAUGCCAAUGGAAAUGUGGAUCUUUCUGAGUCAGAUGAUUUUCUAAGAGAAGAGUUACAAUAUGAAGCUGGAUAUGAGAGGAGGCAGAGGGCUUUUCAUCAUAAUGAUGAUAUGCAAAUUAGCGUUCGAGAACUUUGGGAAGCCUGGCUAAGGUCAGAGGUUCAUAAUUGGACUAUAGAACAAACAUCAGAAUGGUUAUCUUCUAAUGUAGAACUUCCACAAUAUGUUCCUACUUUUAUACAACAUCGUGUAACUGGUGCUACACUACCAAGAUUGGCUGUGAACAAUAUGCACUACUUGAGUAAUGUUUUGGGGAUUAAGGAUCCCAUUCACAAACAAAAAAUUGCCUUAAAAGCUAUGGAUGUGGUUCUUUUUGGGCCACCGAAAGAUACUGGACAUAGCGUGAAAGAUUUGAUAUUAAUAACAUUAUUAUUCGGAGCGCUUAUCGGAUGUUGGUAUGCGUAUCAACAGAAGAAAAAUUCGCAAAAACAUCUUCAUAGAAUGAUGAAGGACAUGGAGAGUUUACAUAAAGCAGAAUUGGCACUAGAGGACUUGCAAAAAGAAUUGGAAAGAGCACGUAUGGAACAAGAAAGUGUAACUACCGAAAAACAAAACUUAGAGAAACGUUUGCAAGAUGAAAGUGUGGGAUUGCACGCUUCUUAUUCCGAUCUCGAAGUUUCUCAAUUAAAAGCAGAAAUCGAGAUGUUAAAAGUUGAAUUGCAACGUGCAGAGGGUGAACUUGAAGAUAGAUGCUGGUCUCCUCCUCCUGGAUUGCAACAUUGGUUACAGUUAACUCAUGAAAUUGAAAAUAAAGCAUAUACCAAGAAAAAAAUAGCUGCAGAAAAGCAGUUGCAACAAGCGCGCGAAGCAUGCGAGAAACUACGAAAAAAAAGAUCGAGUUUAGUAGGGGCAUUUGUGUCAACUCAUGGAAAAUCUAUUGACGAAGUUGACAAAAGUAUAGUUGAGGCAAGAACCGCUCUAAACGAAGUAACUGCAGAAUUACAAGAAAGAGUACAUCGUUGGAAGCAAAUUGAGCUUCUAUGUGGCUUUAAUAUAAUUAAUAACAAUGGUCUAAGCUAUUUAGAAACUGUUCUGUAUAGAGGGACUCCAAACGGGCGAGGUCUUGGGCUCAGAGGUCGGCUUAGUAGUCAAGAUGACUUAGAUGACGAAGCAAACUCAGUCUACUCGUCUUCAUUAUGUGGUGCCGCAGGUACGCUAGACAACCUAACGUGGAAAGAGUCGUCGAUCCCUCCAGACUCGUCCAGCAGCGAGACCGGGAAGGAAACCCCACCGGAGAGUAACGUGGUGCACUUCACCGUCGGCGAUGGACUGGACGAGCCCGUCAGAGCGUCCAGCAAGGAGAAAUCAUCCGGCAUUGUCCGUUCUUACAGCCAGGACACGAACAUGCUCCUCGCGAUCGAGGACAAGACUACCUCCUCAUCAUUCCCGCCGAAGACGUCUUACUCGGAGAAUUCGCUGGACGCGUCGAACCAGGAUCGACAGCAAAAAGUUAGUCCAACCACCGCGAGCACCACCAGUAUCAAUUCCACGACAGCGGCGAGCGCCACCAGCAGCAACAGGAAGUCGUUGAAGGAAACGCAGCAGCAAACGCAGUCGACCGUGGACGACGAGACCCUGUCGACAGACUCGAACUCCACGGCGGACAACGACGAGUUGAAGAGACGGCGCCGGAAGAUCCUGUUCGCGUUCAGGAAGAACAAGACCAAGGUCACGUUGUGAAGCCGACCUCCUAGUCAACGUAGCGCAACAGCAACAGCCUGUGUUGUAACUGUUCUUACUUAACGCUAACUCACCUGCGAUCGAUUAGCCACGGUACAUACGAAUCGCGACGUGCACUUAAAACACGACUAUGAAACGACUUGUCUUCGAGAAUGCCGGUUGGCAAUUAGAUGCUGCCCGGUACAUGUACAUAUACUUACACGCGUAUACAUACACAGACACACGUAAUACAUAUACAAUUAGACGGACAAGUAUCGUAGCUCGAUGGAAUAUCGACGAAUUCUUCAUUGGUCGUUCGGUCUGGAUUCAAUCGGACAUUGGCGUACAAUCUUAUUUAUAUAUAAGUAUCGAUACUACUAAAAUUGGCUGAUAGAAGGUUCAGGGGUGGCCUCGUCGUGUGUCGUAGAAUAUUGCAGAAGGUACCUGGGAGAAAAUUAGAUUAGGAAGGGAAAUUAGAUGACAUCUUACGGGUACGGGAAAUGGUACUUACUUUUUCAGUAAAUUCUGCGAUGCACGGGAUUUGUUGUUCAGUGUCAGUCCAGUUUCAGUAGUUUCCUGGCACUGUGUGUUAUCAUUGCCGAAGCAGCAAUGUCUUUAUCAUGUAAAUAUUUCUAACGGACGCACCUACGAGCAUUAGAAUCUUAAUUGACAUUUUGAGAAGCGUAGCUGCGUCUUUGUCAUUUGUACAUUAAUGUAUGAUACGAGCACGAGGAGGAAAGUUUGUUAAAAAAAAACAAAAAAUUGUACAGUACGAGCUAGGUAGCGUAAUGGAAUCGCAUUGUACCAGUGUCUGAUUAAUUAACGUAAGAGUAUUAAUGUUAGGGUUCAAAGGAACGUUAGUUAAGUUUAAGGAAACAUUUGAGAAAAACAGACCCAACGACCAACGAUGGAGAAUUAGAUUCUUCUGCAAGGUAGAAGCGAUGUUCCAUUCUGCUGUCGUCGUUUAGGAUGUUUUUUGGUGUCCCGGUUUGUGUCUCCUGUUUUGCCAAAACCUUUGUUCUACUCACAACGAGACACCACCAAGCGACGUCCCAUUUAGAUAGCUGGAUUUUUAAACUCUUUAAUUACGACAAUAUUCUGGCUCAGGAAUGAGCGAUCUUUCCUCUAUAUCGUGUAAUUCAGUUUCAAGUAGAAUCUCUCUCUCUCUCUCUCUCUCUCUCAUUCAUCAUAUUUAAAUUGAGCUUCUCUCGCUGGGACGAUUUUUUACUAUCACCUUUGUAUUUCACUGAAUAGUACCCAGCGGUUGUAUUGCAUUCUUUAAUUUAUCUCUGUAAAGCGAAAGAAUUUCAAUUACAAUUUCGUCGAGGUUUUUAAUUAUAUUUAUCAAGUAGUGAAACAAUUGAAAUCAAUUAGAGAUCUAGUGAAUGUAAUACGAGAAAGUUUCGUCCGAAAACUUUGUAAUAUAUCAUCUUGAUUCGCUACAAAAUUAUUAAAAAGAAGAUUCUAUGUUCGUUAUCUAUGUUCGAUUGAAAUUCUAGCAGAGAGGACCAUUGUGCAAAAGUUGUUACAAUGGUGAAAAAUUAAUCUUUGAACAGCCAAACGACGAACAUUUUACAAUCUGUUAACAACGUAUUAAUUUCUUCUCCGAAGCAGCGGAAAUACUUUACUUAGUCCAUUCCUGUUUUUUCUUUUUUUUUUUUUUCUUCACGCAUUUUCAUUCUUAAAAUUAUUUCCGGCAAGUGAUCAGUGAAUUUCUGGGAAGGUUUCAUCAUCGAUCGUGAAUUCAUGAAAAUGUAUGUUCCUCUUGUUUUUCCAUGACGAUAUCCGGCCUAAGUAAUUAAGUAAGCGAAAUCUGUUAAGAAAGAUGUUUUUGUCGUAUCGGAACUUCGAGAAGUUCCAAGAAGUUUGGAGCAUAAUUCACGAAUUCAGUAUUAUAAUUUCAAUCUCCAUUUUUAUUUAAAGAGAAAAGAAAAAAAACGAUCGCUCAUUCCUAAAUCUAUCGAGACACGUUUCUCCCGCGCAAAAUGGAAAAAAUACGAAAUAAUUCUAGCGCACCGAAGCUUUCGUUUCUUUCUUUUUUUUUUUUUUUUUUCUAUUUUUCCGUUUCUAUCUCUUUUUUUUUUCAUCGAUGCAUCAGUGAUAGCUGUUAGAUACAAAUCUUCCUCCUGUUUCCUUUUUUUUGUUCUGGCUCCUUAUUUUUAGAAUCUUUUUCUAGCUUCGAUAGUACAGGCUGAGCACAAAUGAACGAUGCUCUUCCAUGGAACUCUCUUUUCAAUUUCUUAGUACGUACGAACUUUGUUUUUCAGAAAAACACGGUCUCACGAACUUUGUCACCUUUUGUUUCGCCGCUUUGCUCUUUGCAAAUUUACUUACAUCUGUCCGGAUGUAGAUAGAAAGAAAUUCAAUGACGAUGAUCCUUCAUUUGUUGUUAGUCGUGUUCGGUUUCACUGAUUUCAUAUAUUUGUAAGAAGCAGGUCUAUAUUCUAAAGUAGAUGAUAAUGCGUAUACGCGAUAAGAGAAAUUCCUUAAUAUUAAGUCAUUCCACGAGUGACAUGAUUUCUUUAAAUUGAGAAAUUAGUAAAAGAAUAAAGUUUCACUUGAUAAUCUCCAUCUUCUUUAACAAGAUUGAUACUUGUGGAGUGACUUGGUAACAAAUGUAAUCAUAAAGAGAUACAGGAUACUCAUUCUUUGAGGUUCAUGAAGAUUUUGUGUAUAGAGUAUCAUUGAAAGGCAAUAAUUAUUAAGACUUCUUUGUUCCUUUUGCUACGCAUGAUUCUACACGAUGAUGUUUCUAAGUAUUACUAGGUUUAAACACUGUAAAUAAAACUCACGAAUCUCAAAGGAGGAAGUAAUGGAACUGACGUGGAAAAAUCGAUUUUUGUGCUUGCCUUGUACCGUAAGAGAACUUACUGUUAAAAAAUUAUUUGCGGCCUUCCACGAAAAAGAAAAAAGUAUGCAAAUCAUGGCAUUUUAUGAUCGCGUUUUUGUCUCAAUUUGCGCGUCUUCCUCUUUGUCUUUUUUUUUUUUUUUUUUUUCAAUGUCUCGUUCAUAAUAUUGCGACACCUGUUGUACUUCACUUUUUAACAUUUAGACGAUUAUAGUCUGUCUGAAAUCAAUUAGUCGUUCAAGGCCAUCAAAUAAUCUUCUAUUACAUUAUAAUGCUGUUGCACAAGAUUGACAGAUCAUUUAGGAAUCUGGAAAUUUAUGUCAUUAGAACAUUGAAUGAGAGACGGUCUUUUACAGAUGUUGAAAAGAAAAUUGUUAAAGUACAAGUAUAACGGAGAACAAACGAGAUACGAUAAUUUAUAAUUAAGAAAGUGACCUUAAGUGACUGACUGUUUUUAGUCAGACUGUAGAAUUAACUUAUUAUUAUUAAUUCCCUGUCGUACACAUUAUUCCCUAUAGUUGCGUGGCAACAAAUAGCGAUGCAAGAUGAAGUGAUUUCUUCCUUCCUUAUCGUAUAUUUUCUUUUAUUAAAUUAUAUACAUAUAUGUGUAUAUACGUAUCCCCGUGUAUAUGUAUAUAAACGUAGAAGCUUAAGGCGGUGAGGCUGGAAUUCUCUGAAACUUAUAUAUCUAUUCUGUAAAGAAUGAUAGUGUGAUAAGAUUCUGAAAUCGAAUUUCAACUGACAUUUAUCACACGGAUGUGCGAAGUUGCAAUUAUUAAUAUUUGUUAAUGUUUGAAACGGGGCUUCGGCAAUUCAUGUUUGUGCCAUUGGCACGUAAAAGAAAAAGAAGAAGAAAAACUCGCAAAUGAUGCAGAGAUUCGGGAACUUCAAAAAAAAUUGGAGGGAACAGAGAGUUCGAGCACACGCUUGUUGUUCUUUUCGUUCCGUUUGGGUUCCCGCGGACGUCCGCGCGAUUAAUCAAUUACUUCCGCUUGAUCUUCUUUCCUCUACUAUCCGAUGUGUCUUUCUUCUUUUCUUUCCUCCAUUAACGUGCGUUUAUCUUCUUGUGUAUUUUCACCUGGACCUGGUUCGCUAAUUUACGCUUUACCUCGUGCACUUGCCAGAAUUAUCCGCGAGGAUUGAAUUCCCCUCUUUCGGUUCUUCUCUAUCUUUUUCUCUUCUCGCAUUCCUCCUCCAGUUGACACUUAGCUCGCUUCUCUCCUAACUGGCAAACUGACACAUUUGUAUCUCAGGGCUGAUGAAGAACACGGAUUCAUUUGACGAGCUUGAAAAUAUUUUUCUUUCAAUGGCUUGUUUUUUUUCUUUCUUUUUUUUUUUUUUUGUAGAGAUAUACGUAACCCGUUGGACGAAUUACUUAUUAAUAGAGACAUUUAUCGAUAUUACCAAUUCACUGUUGACACUAUUGGAGGCUUCGUUUCGAGCGGCAUCUAAAAAUAUAUUAAUAUAUAUCUAGAUCGAGUUGCUCGAAUAUUCAUUGCGAGUUAAUAUUUUUUAAUGCGUGCUCGGGUGAAAAAACGGGGGGAAGCCUCGGACAGUGAAACCUACCUGUAUAUUACUGACUUUAAGAAUGCGUGUAUUAUAAGAGAGCAAUAGACGAAGGAAUCCGACGUUCAAUGGACCAAGUUCGAUUUACAUACGUACGCGAAGAAUAACGAGAAGACGAUAGUUGGCAAUGAUCGAUAACUGAAACGAUCUUCUAGGCUCAAUUAUAGUAUUAUAGAGUAGUAACACGGAAACAAACAUUGUUGCGAUCGAAUCAUUCGGACGAACUUUUAAUCUUACGACGAAACGUCACAACAGCUUACAAGCGAGGGCUUCCGGAUCAAUACAGCCGUGUAAUUAUCAAUUUUAUCGUCACGCACUGUUUACCAAUUAUACAAAUCUGCCAACUUUGUUAUCGCGGUAGUAUUGUUGUUGCAACGCCCGAAGCAAAAUGGUCCAACUAGUUGGGGUAUUCUGUUUCAAUGUAUUCGAAGUUUUAGAUGUGAUUCGAAGGUGUUAGGUAAAUGUUAUGUCAAAUCAAAACGCGUGUCACUUAAUUAAUCUGCAGUUUCUCUACAACAGAAAAACCUAGAAAAAAAAACAAAAAAGGAUAUAUCUCUCUUUUUGUUUCUCUGUCCGCUGUUCUAAUCUUUUUAUUGAUUUCACUUUUAAAGAAAAAUCCAACGUUUUCCAAGAUCGUGUGACACGUUACUAAGGCUGCAAUGAAUUGGCAAGCGAGAGGGUCUUGCGAUUUCAUAUUUUAAUACGUGUGUGACACACGUGUUUUACGAUGGAACUGAGUACGAGAUGUUUAGCAUCUGAUGUACACGAACCACGUGUUUCUCUCGUUGAGAAUCUCAUAUCCUGCUCCUAAAGAAAAAAGAAAAAAAAAAAAAGAAAAAAAAACGAAAAAAAGAAAGUAGAAAGAAGCUUAUUCUCACGGUUUAGGGUCGUUAGAAUCAAACCAUGUAACGUCACAUGUCGCAGGAGUUGAAAUGCAGAAUAUAAAAGUAAGGGUCAAUUUAGUCGAGCUCUUUGCGAUCCUCCUCCUCCUCCUCCUCCUCCUCCUCUUCUUUUUAUGUAAACCGUGGAUAUAUCCCCUCACGUUCAACACUGGACUCUUCUCGACUGCGAAGAGAAAUAUCACAGGCCGUCCGAAAAAAAAAAAAAAAUCGUGUACCGUCCUUGUAAGACGAUCCCGUCUGUUGCAAUAUCGAGCACGAUUCGUGCGAUUAUAGAAGGAUUAAUCAAAAAUGUUUAAUAUAACGAACUCGUUCGUUCGAGAUGGCCUCCUUAUUUUCAAAACGAGCGCAGAGCCAUCGAGGACUGUGUAAACAACAACCGAGCAUCAAUUUAUAUAUGAGAAUAAAAUGUGUCAGCUUC